AUGACCCGCGACUACGCCGUCGACGACCGACUAUCGACCCGGUCUAGGCACCCCGCGAGCCGACAUGAAUGGCUUCAACAUGCCACGAGCAUAGCAGCAGUUCCUGGCCCUCGAAUUCAUUUCCAAUACCAAAAGGCUGUGCGUCUGCCAGCACCGCCAAAUGGGCCCAUGGGCCCCAUGGGGUUGAAAGCCUGGCCGAGCGAGUUCUGUCGGCCCGACGAUCCUUGCCUGCUGAUGGGACCUUGUUCCUGGAAGAAUAUCGUCAACGCCGGCCAGUAUGCCGAAUUGGGAGACGUCGAGUGCAGAGGGGCGUCGUGGUUGGUUGUCGGCGUGUCGCACCAGCACAGACUUCAUCGCCCGCAUCGCCCGCAUCGCCCACAUCACCUCCUCCAUGCAACGACGCUCUUGGAGUGGACUCGGAGCCUCCAAAGGCCCGAUAAACUCGGAGCCAAGCAGGGAACAGCCCACGGCGCCCCGAGUCCUCGCUCAGCUCUCGUCGUCUUUACCCCAGAGUGA